AUGGUCACAUACAACGAAUGGGACACAUCCCUGACGGAAAGAGUCACCAAACUGAAUGCUUCAAUAGCAAGCCGGAUAUUUGAAGUGGGAGGCUCGCAUACACUAAUCAUCUUCGAGAUUGGAUCCGUUUUUGGAGACAACGAAAUGCGGGAAUUGAUGGAGAUCGCUGGUUCAGGCGGAGGUGACAGGGAUGCGGUCCUAUAUAACGCCAAACCUGGUUUAUGGUCUGUGGUGGAAGGCACCGCUGGCACCGACGAAGCCCCGUUCUGCGCAACGUGGGUUUCGGACGGGCAUAUUGACUACGACUCGUUGCCUCAAGAACCCCUCGUCUUCCCAUUGAAUCUGGAUGGUAUAGAGUGGAGAAAGGUGCACGAAGAGUAUUUUAAUUCGACGAUUGGGUGUGUUCUGGCUCUUGAAGUCGUACAAGAGUUUGAAGAGGUGGGCAUUGGCAAUGCCUUGAGUGCAUUUGCGGAUCUGGGUGGUGUCGUUCCUGGAGGGUUUAUUUUUGGCCCACAUGAAAGCGGACAUGAGGUGUAUGUCCGUGUAUACAGGGAUCAAGUGGUUCAAAUCAAGACUGCCGGCAGAGACAAAUCAGCAGCGGACAAGCGCGGUGCAGGUGUGAAGUAG